AUGUCGGACCCAAGCCCAUGGCCGGCGCCGGAUCAGGACGACCAGGAUGCUGUCUACGAGAACGAUGACUGCAAGGUCCUGACACAAGCCUGGAUCAACGAACGAUGUGCGCCCGAGCUCCUCCCGUUCGAAACCCAGGUCGUCGCCAACCUGACGGAGAUGAUCGAGGCGCAGACCGAGUGCAUCAGCGCUUUCAACGAUGCCGAACGAACUUUUGAGGAUACAUUUGCCAACAUGAUGCUGGAGCAGGAGCUCGAGCGAAUCAAAUUCGUCAUCAAAUCGUAUCUGCGGACGCGGCUCAGGAAGAUCCAGGAACACACAUUUUUCAUCCUGAACGAGGCCGAAUACAGCAGCCGGCUGUCGCCAAAGGAGCUUGAGUUUGCACAGAGAUUCCAGGCGCUCCGGGAUCACUGUUGCGAGCAGUCCUUCCUGAAUACCCUGCCCCGGUCGUACCAGAAGCCGGAGGAGCGAGCGACGGCACCAGACAUGAAUGAGGCAAUCUUUUGUCGGAUACGCGAGGAUAUCGGCGAGUUCCAGCUGAUCGACAGUCUUGAGACGAUCGAACUACGGAAGGAUGACCUGUACAUUCUGCCAUACCAAGCCAUUCGAGAGCUGCUGAGGCGAAACCUUGUGGAUCUCAUCUAACCCAGACAGACAAGACUCACUGCUCGUGCACGUCUCGUCGCU